AUGACCUCUGCCCCACCAUUAGAUCCCAACGGUCGAUUCACCGAUAUCGCCAUCGAAGACGAGAUGCGCACGUCGUAUCUGUCGUAUGCGAUGAGCGUGAUAGUGUCCCGGGCGCUGCCCGACGUCCGCGACGGCCUGAAACCGGUGCAUCGCCGGAUUCUUUACGCCAUGCACGACAUGGGUAUCCGCCCCGGCAGCCAGUACCGCAAAAGCGCUCGCAUCGUGGGCGAGGUGCUCGGCAAGUUCCACCCGCACGGAGACUCAUCGGUUUACGACGCAUUGGUUCGCAUGGCACAAACCUUCUCCAUGCGGGCGCCGCUUAUCGACGGCCAGGGCAACUUCGGCAGCAUCGACGGCGACCCGCCCGCAGCAAUGCGAUACACCGAGCGCGGCUGGCGACCAUCGCGGAAGAGAUGCUGGCAGACAUCGACCAGCAAACGGUGGACGUGA